AGUGCCGCCCCCGGAAGCGGGAGCCGAGGCCCGGCGGGUCGCGGCCGAGCUCCGCAGCCAUGCCCGCCUUCAGGCAGGUGGGCGAGAAGCAGCUGCCACAGGAGGUCGUGUUCAUGUCCUGGUCCCCCAAAAGGGACCUCAUCGCCCUGGCUAACCGAGCGGGGGAGGUUUUACUUCAUCGACUUGCAAACUUUCAACGUGUGUGGAGUUUGCCUCCAAAUGAAAAUACAGGAAAAGAAGUGACUGCUCUUGCUUGGAGACCAGAUGGCAAAAUUUUGGCUUUUGGCCUUGCUGAUACCAAGCGGAUUAUUCUGUGUGAUGUAGAAAAACCUGAAAGCUUGCACUCCUUCUCUGUGGACUUAUCUAUUACAUACAUGCAUUGGAUGGAAGUAACUGAGGAAAGCAGUGUUCUCACUUCCUUUUACAAUGCUGAAGAUGAAUCAAACCUCCUUUUGCCUAAAUUACCAGCACUACCAAAAAAUUACAGUACCACUGCAAAAAUUUUCAGUGAAGAAAAGUCAGAUGAGAUUAUGAAGCUUUUGGGUGAUGUCAGACUUAAUGCUCUUGUUCUUGGUGGCAGCUCAGGAUUUCUUGAGAUACAUGCUUAUGGAAUGUUCAAGAUUGCUACAGUGAAUGGGGUGGCAGGGUCUUGUCGUGGACUGUGUUUGUCUAGUGAUUUGAAAUCACUGUCAGUUAUUACAGAGAUACAAAGCUCUUCAGACAGCGAAGCAGAGAUAACGUAUUUUCAGUUGGACACUAGUCUAUUAUCAAGUUACUUACCUGAGGUAACUCGAAUGGCCCGGAAGUUUACUCACAUUUCAACUCUGUUACAGUAUAUAAAGCUGUCAUUGACAUGCAUGUGUGAAGCAUGGGAAGAAAUACUGAUGCAGAUGGACUCACGACUAACAAAGUUUGUACAGGAAAAGAAUACAACCACUUCUGUUCAGGAUGAGUUUAUGCAGCUGUUGUUAUGGGGAAAAGCAAGUCUGGAACUUCAGGCAUUACUAAUGAACCAACUGACAGUAAAGGGUUUAAAAAAACUUGGUCAGUCCAUAGAGUCUUCCUAUUCCAGUAUACAGAAGUUGGUUAUAAGUCAUUUGCAGAGUGGCUCUGAGGCACUUUUAUACCACUUGAGUGAAUUGAAAGGAAUGGCUUUAUGGAAACAAAAAUACGAGUCUCUGGGAUUAGAUGCAGCUGGAAUUGACGAGGCUAUCACUGCUGUUGGUUCUUUCAUCCUGAAGGCAAAUGAGCUGCUUCAAGUGAUCGACAGUAGUAUGAAAAACUUCAAGGCAUUUUUUCGAUGGCUCUAUGUUGCCAUGUUGAGGAUGUCAGAAGAUCAUGUGCUUCCAGAGCUGAACAAGAUGACUCAAAAAGAUAUCACUUUUGUUGCUGAUUUUCUUACUGAGCAUUUCAAUGAGGCACCAGAACUUUACAAUCGUAAAGGAAAAUACUUCAAUGUGGAGAGAGUUGGCCAGUACUUGAAAGAUGAAGAUGAUGACCUUGUAUCACCACCUAAUACAGAGGGAAACCAGUGGUUUAACUUCCUUAAAGAUAGUACUCAUCUUAAAGAAAGCCCACUUCUGUUUCCCUACUAUCCUGAGAAAUCACUGCAUUUUGUCAAAAGGCAAAUGGAAGGAGUCAUUGAUCAGUGUUUACAAAAGCCAGCAGAUGUAAUUGGAAAGUCAGUGCAUCAAGCAGUCUGCAUGUCUCUCUACAAAAUUUCUCGAAGUGAAGAUUCCACACCUCAGUUAUUUAAAUUACCAUUUCUGUGGAAUGACAAAACAUCUAAUUUACAUUAUGUUCUCUUCACCAUGUUAGAAAAUUCUAUUUCUAAAAUACACAUUUUGAGGAGACAUACUGAUACUUCCAGGUCUGUCAGUAAUGGGAUUCUUGCAGUAGAGUUUGGAAACUUCUUGAACAACAGCAUAAAUGAGAGCUCAGACUCCAGAUGCUACAGUUGUUUGGAUGCUCACUUCUACGAUGAUGAAACUGUAACUGUAGUUCUGAAAGAGAGUGUUCAACAAGAGGGGAAGGAGAGAGUCUUGGCUCAGCUGCCCUUAUCUUCAGUAUAUACAGAUGAGGACCAAGAUGGGAAAUUCAUUUGGGAUUCUAUGGAAAGGCUGGAUGAGCGAAGUGGUGAGAUACCCACACGUACUGUCUUCUUGGAGGGUCAGUGGAGAGUGCUGGAGAAUAUGAAAGCUCAGUAUGUUUCUGUAAAUGGCAUUAGAAAAGUUUCUUGUGUGCUAAGUUCAAACCUUCGCCACAUCAGGGUGUUUGAGAUGGAUGUAGAGGAUGAUGGGGAAGUUGAGGAAGAAGAGGAAGAAGAAACAACUCAGAUUGCAGCUGGGGAACCUGAUGAGCCAAAUCAGCCUGCAGAUGGCCAGGACAAUGUGUGUGAUGCGUCUGCUGAAGAACUACCUGAUGAAACUGAAGAACAUGAGACAAGUCUGGAUCCUUGAAACAGACUUUGGUAAUAGUAAAGGGACAGAACCAAACUGUAAAUAGUUUUUAAUGGCACGAAGAAAUUGUAUAUUGAAGAAUAAACAGAAAAUGUUGAAAGCAAGUUCAAAUUCAUCCUGGCUGCUAUAAUAAGCAGGGGCAUUAUCCAUACUGUCCCUGGGACUGGGAGUGAUGUGGAGUGAUACAUUUCAAAGGUUAUCUAACUAGUUAGAAAGUAAUUUGACUUGAGGCUGCUGAGAUGAUGGAUCCCAUACCUCCUCAAGCAGCUGAAUCAAGUUGGAAUUCUGUAUUGCUUCUCAGCUAAGACUGUGUUCUAGAGUACCUUUAUUGACUCCUUUUUGUCUGGCACGUGGUUUGGUACCAGCUAAAGCUUUGAAAGCUUUUCUGUUUGCCAUUUUUAAUACCUGUGGAGAAGAAGAAAUACCAGCUGAGGUUUUUGUAGCUAGGCUAGUAUUGUUAGAAAGAUAAAAUAAAGUUAUAUAUAAUACCAAUAAAACUUGGGGCCUAAUUUUUUUGCUUCUCAGACUUUGUGUUCUAAUAACAGGUAUGAAAGUUUUCUGUAGAACCAAAUUGUAAGAUUGCAAAUCAGUGUAGGGCUAGUUACACAACAAAAUUUAGCAACUGUUAAUGAAAUGCAUAGUUUUAAAAGCUGUUUGGAGCUUUAUCUGUCCUUGGUAACACAGCAUUUCGAUCUAUGCAGUUCUUUUAGUCCUCAGUGUAAUGGGUGUGUGCAGUGCACGAUUUUUCAAAUGUUUGCGUGUCUCAGCCUGCCUAGUUUCUGUGAAUUUGUUCCUGAAAGCCUGUCUUCUCAAUCUGGAAUUUUUUAUAAUGAAAAAUUCAAGAGAGUAUAAUUUUUCACUCUGAUUUAUCAUUGGAGGUUGUGCAUAGCCCUCAGCAUAAUCAUGUCACUUGCAAUUUUCAUAUUACUGUAGGUGUGAUGUAGUGCUAAGCAGCAUAAACUAGAAACAUUGUUCAGAAAUCUAAAAUACUUUCUUCCCUACUAGCUGUCAUUCUUAACUGACUUUAAAAUCUGCUCUUUGAAUGAACAAUGCUGCUUAAUGCAUGAUCUUCCUUCAGAACAGUGAGUGUACCUUGUAUUUGUGAAGAGGACCAAGUUUCCAUUCUGUGUUUUAAAAAUAAAUCUUUUGAAAUUGC